AUGCUAUUUGGUGUGAAGCUAGCUAAUGAUACUUAUCCCCCAUGGAGGGAUUCUUAUAUCGAUUAUGAGAAAUUGAAAAAGUUGUUAAAAGAGUCCGUUAUCAGAGACUCUGAAAUGUUCAAUGGUUCUUCUUCUGGCCGUGGGAAGAAGGGGAAGAAGGGGAAGAGUAAUGUAGAUGAAUAUUGGAGUGAGAAGGAUGAAUCCAAAUUUGUUUCCGCGUUGGAUGAGGAGUUGGAGAAAGUUUAUGGAUUUCAAACUUCUGCUUACAAUAAGAUUAUGAAUACCUUGAAUAGGCUUGAAGAAGAAACUGAAAGUGAAGAGAAUCUACAUACGAUUGAUUUUCAGGCGUUCCAUCAACAAUUGGAAGAAUGUUUGAGUCAGGCCCAGGAAUUGGACAAUUUCCAACGUUUAAAUUUCACUGGUUUCACCAAGAUUGUGAAGAAACACGACAAAUUGCAUCCAGGUUACCCAUCUGUCAAGUCAUUGUUACAAGUGAGAUUAAAAUCGUUACCGUUCCAUUCGGAAGAAUACUCUCCAUUGUUGUACAAGAUCUCUUAUCUAUACAACAUCUUGCGUAACAACUUCUCAUCUGUAUCGAAAUCUUUGGCUAACUCAUCAAAACUUUCCUCUAUGCCAAAGAACGAACAGAUGUCUACACAAUCCUUCAAAUUCUGGAUUCAUCAAGAUAAUUUAAUGGAAGUGAAAACUAAUAUCUUGAGACGUUUGCCAGUGUUAGUCUAUGCUCAAGCACCCUCUGAGAACGAAGACUUGAUCGAUAGAUUGGAGUCUAAUCUUUUGAAUGACGACGGUGGUCCAGCAAUGUCCAGUUCCAGUAACGAAACCGAUGUGGGUCAUUUGAACAAAAGUUUUGAACCUGUCAUCUCCACGCUAUAUUUCGAUAACGAGUUCUUCGAAUUGUACAACAACAAGUUAUUGAAAACCAACUCUGCUCCAACUUUGAGAUUGAGAUGGAUUGGUAAAUUGAACGACAAGCCGGACAUUUUCCUUGAAAAGAGAAUGUUUGUAGACAACGAGGAUUCUUCUUCGACCGAUUUCGAUGAAACAAGGAUUAAGUUGAAACCAAAAUUCAUCAAUGGAUUUAUUUUCAACGGUGAUACCGAAUAUAAGGAAAUGAUGCUCAAGAAAUUGAAGGAAUCCGGCUCAAGCAACGAUACUACCAAGAAAUUGGAAAACAAUUUCGAUUCCAUCCAACAAUUCAUUCUUGAAAACGAAUUACAACCAGUUCUAAGAACUUUAUACCAAAGAACUGCAUUCCAAAUUCCAGGUGAUGACCGUGUAAGAAUCACUAUCGAUUCAGAUAUCCUUUACAUCCGUGAAGAUUCCUUUGACAAGGACCGUCCAAUCAGAGACCCUCAUCACUGGCACAGAUCUGACAUUGAUUCUAACGUGGCCCAUCCAUUGAAAUUGGUUAGACCUGGCGAAUACGCUAAGUUCCCAUACUCUGUUAUGGAAAUCAAAGUGAAGACAUCUGCGUCUUCUAUUGCCUCAUCCGAGAAUGCACUAAGCGUUCUAGCCCAUGGUGGUAACCAAGUGAAAUGGAUCGCUGAUUUAGCCAAUUCCCAUUUGGUGAAAGAAGUGCCAAAGUUCUCCAAAUACGUACAAGGUGUGGCCUCAUUGUUCGGUGACGAUGAAAAAUUGGAUAUGUUACCAUUCUGGUUACCAGACUUGGAAUUCGAUAUCAGAAAGGAUCCAAACCAGGCCUACGAGGAAGAGAAGAAGAAAUUAGAAAGACAACAGGAGCAUGUCGCCAAGAUGGACAAGAUGAAGAGAUUGUCAGUGGUAGCCGGUGGCGGAGACCAGUCUUCACCAGCUGCACCAUCGACAAGUGCCUUGAACGAAGAAGACGAACCUGAGGAAGACGAAGAGUCUUCCGAGGAUGAAGAUUCUGCUACCUUGGCCAGAAACAAAGGGAAAUCAGAUGCAAGAAAACAGAAACAUCGUCAUCGUCAUGAACCUAACAUUUUCAAUCUUUUGACAGGUAGAGACACCACUGACAGCAAACUCACCGGUGUCGAUUCUGAAGACGAAGAAAUUGAAUUACCACCGGGUGUCAAGAAACCAACAAGUUACAUCAAGAACGCUGGUCCUGUGAAAGUCGAAGCAAAGGUAUGGCUAGCCAACGAACGUACGUUCAACAAAUGGCUCUCAGUGACCACUUUACUCAGUGUGUUAACCUUUUCCAUCUCGAGUUCUGUGAAGAAGGCAAACAUGCCAUUCUUGGCCGAGUGGUUAACUUACAUCUACUUUGCAUUGACUGUAUUUACUGGCCUAUGGGCGUACCAAACCUACAUCAACAGAAUAAACGUCAUCAGAGCCCGUAGUGGGAAACACCUUGACGCACCAUUCGGACCUUUGGCCGUCUCCGUCAUCGUGUCUACUACGCUAAUAAUCAACUUUGUCGUUGCAUUCAGAGAAUUAAUCAGAAAUGGCCACACUGAUGAUCCAGCUACUCCUGCGUUCAUCGCUAGCGCCGUAGAAACCAUCGGUAGAAUCGCGGGCCCAUAG